AUGAAAAAGAGUUUUGUAACUAGACAAUGUGGGAGUGAGAGGUGGAAUCUGCAAUUUAGAAGGGUGUUACGUGAUUGGGAGAAACCAAUUGAGGAGGAACUAAAGCAAAGACUACAAUCUGUGAUAUUAGAUGAAUCUAAGUGUGAUAUUUUGCAAUGGAAAUGGGCUUCGGACAAAUGUUUCUCAGUUAAAUCACUUUACUACCAAUGGGAGCAGCAAAGUUAUGCUACGAAUCUGGUUUUGGGAUCAGUCUGGAGGAAUCUUAGCCCCCCAAAGGUGGAAGUCUUUGUAUGGAUGGCAAUCCAAAGCAGAGUAGCUACUAGAUCAGAGCUCUAUAGCAGGAAUCUGAUCCAAGAGGAUCAUCAGCAGUUUUGUCCGUUGUGUUCGGCGCACCCAGAAACUCCCCAGCACCUAUUUUUACACUGUAAGUUCUCGUGGGACUUGCGGUUGCUCCUGUUGGACUGGUGGCAUGUUAGGUGGGUAUGCCCUCCCUUUUUGGAAGACUUGGCACUAUGGUGGUUUGAUACUAAGUUUACAAACUUGGAGAAACACUUAUGGGAAGCUACCUUCUAUGCAACUCUUUGGUCCUUGUGGUUGGUAAGAAACGACUGUGUUUUUAACAAUGCUUCAACAAGUAUCCAGGAGGUGGGUGAGCUUGCGAAGACUAGAGUGGCUAUAUGGAUGAAGUCUAAGUUUGAGAUUAAAUUAUAUACGGUGGAGGAGUUCAAAGGUUUUUUGGAUGGUAUUCGGAAGCUAAGGAUUUAG